UCCUGCGGCAGCUAAAGGUGGCUGGGACAAUCUGCAGGGAAGCAGCAGGAUCCUGUGACCUCCCUGAAUACUGCACGGGUGCCUCGCCGUACUGCCCGGCCAACGUGUACCUGCUGGAUGGCUCAUCCUGCGCCUAUGGCGAGGCUUAUUGCAACAACGGCAUGUGCAUGACCCACCACCAGCAGUGCGUCCAGCUCUGGGGACCAGGUGCCUGGCCAGCCCCGGAUGCCUGUUUCCAGGACGUGAACAUGGCUGGGAACACCUACGGCAACUGCGGCAAAGACAGCCAUGGGCGCUAUGUGAAAUGCGAAAAGAGGGAUGCCAUGUGUGGCAAGAUCCAGUGCCAGAGCUCAGCUAAGAAGCCCCAGGGGACCAACACUGUCUCCAUCGACACCACCAUCCGCUUCAACGGGCGGGAGGUGAAGUGCCGAGGCACCUACAUGUACACCGCGAAGGAUGACGAGGAAGACCUCUCCGACCCUGGGCUGGUGAUGACAGGGACGAAAUGCGGAGAUGGGAUGGUUUGCAAAGAUCGCCGGUGCCAGAAUGCCUCCCUUUUUGAGCUGGAAAAGUGUGUUUCCCGGUGCAACGGCCAUGGGGUCUGCAACAGCAACAAGAACUGUCACUGCGAUGCCGGCUGGGCUCCACCCUACUGCGAGAAGCCGGGCUUGGGUGGCAGCGUGGACAGUGGCCCUGUGCAGCGCGACAAUCAUGAAGCCAUCGUAAUCACCCUUCUGCUCAUCUUCCUGCUCUUCCUCCCGGCCCUGAUGAUGAGCAUCUACUUUUGGUACCGGCGGGAGAACUCGCUCCUGAAUAAAUGGAUAAAGGAGAUGAGGAGGAGAAGCCAAGAGACAUAUAGGAACAAAACCAUCAGUCGGAAGUCAACCAGUGGCCAUCCCAAAGCUGCUUUCAUCUUGCGGAACAUUUCCACCUCCAGCCACACUAACAAAGCAACACGGGCUGCGUUCCCCCCCAAAACCAACGCUCACCAGCCUGGCUCCCAGCCCGUCAAUAUUGUCCACCCUCUUCGCCCAGCUCCCCACUCCAUCCCGCCACGUCCGAGAGACCCCAAGCCUGCCAGGCCACCUCCACCAGUCAGCAAAUCACCCAUGGUCUCCACCAAAAUGGUCGUCUCCCAAGUUAAGCUACCGCCUCCAAAGAAACCACUUCCCUGUAGCCCCGUGAGGACGCCUCUGGUGAGCCCAAAGCACCAGCCCCCCCGUCGGCCGCUGCCUGGAAGUCCUCUUCUGGCCAAAGAGCUGCCUCCUCCACAUGGACAGACCCUGCUGGUCAUGGUCCCUCCUACCAACUUCAAGGCGUCGGGUACAAGUGUUGUGAGCCACCCCACGAGGCCGUUAAAACCAAUGCCACCUCAAAGGCCAGUCCCAGCCGUGAAAGUCCAAUCAACCUCCUUCCCCUUGAAGAAGUGA